AUGGAGAGAUCGACGCCGGAACAUGUUUCCUCAGCCCACAAGCGCUUAAGCGUGAGCUUCCUCGUCUCUCUUAUGGUACUUUGUGCUAGACACGCAAGCCGAGUCUCGAAGAAGCUUAAACUCAAGCCGACUCAGAAGCUAACUCAUCUCGAAGACUAUCUCGAGAGCCCUAAAUCUAAGGGCGAAGGGGGAGGAGGAGGAAGGUUUGGAUGGAGUCCGGCAAGCUCUUUCUCGCCGAUGAGAGCGCGUCCCAAGGAGCUUUUGACGACUUUGAGCAACAAGGCAAUGACUAUGGUUGGCCGGAAAAACAAAGCUUACAACGGCGGUGGAGGUUUGCCGGCGAAAAAGAAGACGGCGGUGGAGAUGGUGGUGGAGGAAGAGGAGGAGGAGUACGGGGUUUGGCAGAGGGAGAUAUUGAUGGGAGGAAAAUGUGAGCCGUUGGAUUACUCCGGCGUGAUCUACUACGACUGUAGUGGACAGCAGCUAAAGCAAGUGCCUCCAAGAUCGCCACGUGCCAGUUUGAUUCCCGAUCUCCCGACCCGUACUUCUUAUGUCGGAUCAUUGUUAAACCCGAACGGAAAGGAAAUUUAA